AUGGCCGGGUCCCAGACUAUCGAAACUGAUGUUCUUAUCGUGGGCUCUGGCCCUAUUGGAGCGACAUACGCCAGAAAGCUUGUCGAAAGUGGCCUGGAGGUCAAAAUGGUGGAAGCGGGAGCUCAGAAGAACACAAGGGCAUCCCAAAAGGACACAGACUCGUCUGGCAUUCAGGGAGGCUUUCCUCUGACUUCAGUGCCAACGAACAGCCCUUUUGGCAAUGAUUCGGCCCCAUUUUCUUUCCCAUCGAAAACUCAAAUGAUCAAUGGACCAGAUGCAGGCCCCAAGGUCUCGGAGAAUGCGGCGUCGCGUAAUGUUGGCGGGUCGUCGACUCGUUGGGCCUGCGCCACUGCUCGACCAAAUAUAGAAGCGCGGUCAGAUAUGUAUACCCCAGAUGAGUGGAAUGAACUCCUCAAAGAGGCCGAAGGAUAUAUCGGGACCAGUUUGCCUGGUCCUAGUUACGUUCUCAAGGAUUCUAUUCGGCAGCAUUUAUUACUCGACCAUCUAUCAGGUGUACUACCAGAUCGCGACCCCCAAGCACUCCCUAUCGCUGCUAAAAUUGACCCCAAGGACUCGAAACUGCUUUUAUGGUCUUCAGCUUACACGGUGCUGGAGCGGAUACUUGAAGAUAAAGAGCUCAAUAAAAGGUUCGAGCUGCUCCCCGAGCACCUGUGCACGAAAUUAGAAAUCGAUAGCGCAGACAAGCGCAUCCAAUAUGCCACUGUGAAGGACCUUGUGAACAACAAGACCAUUCAUGUGAAGGCUAAGGCUUUUGUCAUCUGUGGUGGCUCUGUUCAAACGCCGCAGUUGCUCUACGCCUCCGGCUUCAGGCCGGAACAAGCGCCUGGUAAACAGCUACUUCCCGCAUUGGGUCAUUUCUUGACAGCAAACCCAAGGACUUUCUGUCAGGUCGUCCUAAGGAAGGACCUGAUCAACAAAGUGGAGCAGAAUGAAGCCUGGAAGGAAAAGGUCAAAGCACACAAAGAGAACACGGGAGACCCUUUACCAAUUCCAUUCCAUGAUUUCGAUCCACAGAUUACUCUAAAAGUCGACAAAACCAAGAGUUGGCAUGUCCAGAUCCACGGAGACGAUAUCUCGUCCAGCUCAGCUCCAACAGGCGUUGACAAACGUGUAACUGUUGACCUUCGCUGCUUCGGUCCGAUGGAGCCUCAGAAAGACAAUCGUGUUACAUUCCAGGAAGAUUUGACAGAUAUGUACGGUAUGCCAUACCCUAUCUUUCACCAAUUGGAGACUUCGGAGAACGACAGAAGUAUUUCACAUCAGAUGAUGGAGGACAUGAUAGAAGUGGCGGGCAAGCUUGGAGCAUAUCUACCAAGUGCUGAACCACGAUUCCUUCCGCCUGAGCCGGCUCUCUACGCCUGCGGAACUACUCGAGCAGGGAAAUCCACCGAGAGCACUAAAACGGGAGAAGUACCUGAGGAUUCGUGCUGUGACGAGUCCUGCAAAGUCUGGGGAUUGGACAACCUUUACCUUGGGGGUCCAAAUGUCAUCCCUGGAGCGACCCCUGCCAAUCCGAUAUUGACCGCCAUGUGCUUUGCAAUCAAAAGCGCAAAUGCUAUCAUCGAAAGUCUUAGACAUUCUUGA